AUGCGUAAAGAUUGGAUUCGUACUGAUGAAGAAAAACAAAUAAGACAAUUUAUAAAAUUAACAAAAGAACAAAAGAAAAUAAAUGAUCAACAAUCUCUUAUUAAUCUUCCAUUAAUUGCACGAAAGAAAAAACGUUUAAUGAUAAAAUUAAAAAGUCAAGAACUUAUUGUUAAACCAAUCUAUAAAAUGAGUCAUUUUGGUUGUAAUCAUAUUUUACAUGAUGACGAUCGAAUAUUAUUAAAUAAUAUAAAUAAUGCUUAUGAAUCCGUAGUAGAUAAAAAUGAUUGUUCUUUUAUUAACAAAUAUACAUCAUCAACAUCUUUUACACAAUUUAUCAAUGAUGAACGUAUUGUACAUGAGACAUUAAUUAAAUUUUUAAAAUUAAUACCUGAAUUUAAACAAUUAGAUAUACAUGAUCAAAUUUUAUUGAUCAAAUCAAAUUUUAUUAAUAUUAUACAUUUACAUCGUAUAUUAAUAGAAAAUUUUCAAGAUUGUCCAAAUAUUGGUAAACAUAUGUCGAAAUGGAUAGAUAAAGAUUUUCAUAAUCAAAUGGCUCGAACACGUCAAUAUUUCUAUCGUUUUAUAAAUUAUCCAAUAUUAUUAAAACUUACAUUAAUUGUUUUUAUUUUUAGUAUUAAUUUAUCUGCAUCAUGUAAUAGUAAUCAAACUUAUGAUUAUAAUAAUAAGAGAAUAUUAUAUGAAUUUCAAAAUUAUUAUAUAACUAUUCUUUGGCGUUAUUUAAAUUAUUUAUUUAAUGAAAAACAAGCAAUACGAGCAAUGGAAACUAUUGUUACACAAAUUUUACGUUAUCAAUUAUUAAUGGUUAUAAUGGAGAAUUCUAUAAGACAAAGUCCAGAUUGUAAUCAAUUUCAUUCAUUAAUGCAAUCUAUAUUUGGACUUAAUUAA